UAGAUAUAGAUACUGUGGGUGCUCGCACGCAGCAGUUCGGGGCUACGCGUCAACCAGGACCAAAAUACAAAAUACAAAUAUACAAAAUACUGACUGGACAGGGACGGCAAAUAAAAGCUCCUCGAAACAUGCCAGGGUAAGGAAGCCAGAUGCAUUUGAUUUUGCUGCCGCGAUGUUAGAAGCAAAGCUGGAAAUGACAGCGCAAUCGAUUCCAAAAAGUUGAGACCCAACAACGACACAAGCAAAAGCUGUCAAUAUGUCAUGUUUUACGCGCGUCGGAGUAACCUGUAGUCUGUUCUUCUUCCUACUGGGCGCCCAGCUACAAUUGAUUCGAUGUAUUCGAAAAGAUGUGCUUGCCGGCCGCCUUGAGAAUGUUACGCAAACAAUAUCAAACAUACUACAGGGCUACGAUAUUCGACUGAGGCCCAAUUUUGGCGGAGAGCCUCUGCAUGUCGGUAUGGAUUUGACCAUAGCCAGCUUUGAUGCCAUAUCAGAAGUUAACAUGGAUUAUACGAUAACGAUGUAUUUAAAUCAGUACUGGCGCGAUGAGCGUUUGGCAUUUAAUAUCUUUGGACAAUACUUUGAUGACGAUGAUAAUGACGACGGCAUCAGUGAUGUGCUAACACUAUCAGGAGACUUUGCUGAAAAGAUAUGGGUACCAGACACGUUUUUCGCUAAUGAUAAAAACAGCUUUCUGCACGAUGUCACUGAGAGAAACAAACUGGUACGUCUGGGCGGCGAUGGAGCUGUCACCUAUGGCAUGCGGUUCACCACGACCCUCGCGUGCAUGAUGGAUCUGCACUACUAUCCACUGGACUCCCAGAACUGCACUGUGGAAAUAGAGAGCUAUGGAUAUACGGUCAGCGAUGUGGUCAUGUACUGGAAGCCAACGCCCGUCCGCGGAGUGGAGGACGCGGAACUGCCCCAGUUCACGAUCAUUGGCUAUGAGACCAAUGAUCGCAAGGAGCGCCUGGCCACCGGAGUCUAUCAGCGACUCUCGCUGUCGUUCAAAUUGCAACGAAACAUUGGAUACUUUGUUUUCCAGACCUACCUGCCCAGCAUUCUGAUAGUAAUGCUGUCGUGGGUCUCGUUCUGGAUAAACCACGAGGCGACGAGCGCCCGAGUUGCAUUGGGGAUCACCACGGUGCUCACCAUGACCACAAUUAGCACGGGUGUUCGCAGCUCACUGCCUCGUAUAUCGUAUGUAAAGGCAAUCGACAUUUAUCUGGUCAUGUGCUUCGUUUUUGUAUUUGCAGCCCUUCUUGAAUACGCUGCCGUUAACUAUACUUACUGGGGCAAAAGAGCUAAAAAGAAAAUAAAGAAGGUGAAAGAGUGUUGUCCAGGGAAGAUCGGAAAGAGCGAAAGAUCCGAAACGUGUUCAACGACAGAGGACAUCAUCGAACUGCAGGACGUUCGCAUGAGUCCCAUACCCUCUCUACGAAGGGGUACCUACAACGCCACCCUCGACUCCAUCGGCACCGAGACCAUGAACUUGGGAAAGUUUCCGCCAAGCUUUCGAAUAACUCGUAAUUAUGGCACCGGACACAGCCAGCUGAGGCGUCGCGCACAGAGGGGUAUCAACGCCCGCCCACGCAUGUUGCAUGCACUCAAGAGAGGUGCCUCUGCCAUUAAAGCCACUAUACCGAAGAUCAAAGAUGUCAAUAUCAUCGACAAGUACUCCCGCAUGAUAUUUCCAAUCAGUUUCCUUGCGUUCAACCUUGGCUACUGGCUGUUUUAUAUUCUGGAAUGAUAUAUGCCAACAAACAAACGAGUAGUUAAUUCCCUCUAGAAACAGAACCAUGGGAUCCAAAAACAACUUUUUAUAACCUCCAUAAUAAAGAUUGACUUCGCCAUAAUAUUUGGGCGUACCUGAAAA